AUGCCGAGACCAACCACCGCACCCUCAGCGUCGCCUCCUCCACGGUCCCGGAGGCGGCGGGCCCUGCAAGAGCGCAGCUCAGCCCAUGCCAAUGAACGAUCUCCGACCAGGUCCCUGCGCUUGGUCCACGACAAAGAAGAUGUGGACAUGUAUACCGCCACACCCUUUCCCACCAAGCCAGAGCAGAUCCUGCUGCCGAUUCCCGGCAAAGGCCAGCAGGAGUAUAUCGCCGACACGGGCUUCAGCUAUGCCGACUCGCCCGGCCCGUCCACAUCGACCUGGUCCUCUCCCGUCUUCAGCCAUGCCGCGGCCAGCAGCACGCGGGACCUGUCCCUUCGCGAGACAUGGGAGGUGUCGUCCACCGUGGACACGGUCCAUUCGCCGCCGCCAAUGUGGGAUGACCCUACAUCCAGCAAGUCAUCACUGCCUGAGAUCAGUCCGGUCACCAAACCUGUCGACUACAUCUCAGACGGCUCGGACGAGCCCGAGUACUCCGACGACGAGAUGAUCGUGCUGCCCACGGCGACGCCCACCAUCAAGGCCGUGCUCUCGGAGCCGCCGACCUCACCGCAGUCCGGCCGGGAAGAAGACGAAUCGAUCAUCGGCUACUCGAGCCCGAACUUCGAGCCCAUCGGCGCGCCGUCCAGCCCGAACUUCGUGAUGUUGGACAAUUCGAGCAUGAACUUCGUGCCCCCCGGCACCGCCAGUUCAGACUCAGACCCGCGCUCCAACUCGCUGUCCUCGUGGAACUCGCGAGGCACGGCCGUGCGACACGCCGGCGUCACGGCACCCUGGAUGUAUACCGCUGGCUCGUCUGAGCAAUGGAGCAAUCGGUCCCCGUCCUCUUUCCACUCGAGCCCGCCGCUGCGCUCCGAGGCUUCGUUCCGCUCCAUAAGCAGACGCCCAUCGGCGAGCCGGUCACGAUCCGCGACCUCGUCCUCGCGCAGUAUGCGCUCAGUCUCGGAGAUGGCCGCAGCCAUCGACAGCGGUAUCCCCAUCCAAUAUCCCCGGAUCCGCGCGCCGUCCUCCAGCUCCCGCGCCGACACCUCGAUCUCCUCUGGCCGGGAGUUCACCCCGAGCCGCGACUUCACACCCGGCCCGGCCUCCGGUCGCUGGAACCCUCAUCUAUCGCGUGUGUCAUCGGUCUGGUCGGACGAAGACCUGGCCAAUCUCGCCGCCGCGGGCGAAGACACCCCAGCCCAUGCCCCGGCCUCGUCGUCUCUGUCCCGGUCCACGGCCUCGCCCAGCGCCCCGACGGCAGCCCUAACCGCCAAAGCCAGCAACUCCACCGUCUGGCUGGUGACCGACAGCGACCAAGAUGAGCAGCUCGACAGCCUAACUAAUCUGCCGGCGCGCGGCUUCCCCCAGAGCCUAUCCUCCGGCUCGAAACGCAGCAACAGCCUGCGCAGCCUCAAGCGCCCAGGAACGGGCACCAGCAGCACUACAGGUGUCUGGCACAUCCUGCCGACGUGGGCAAAGAUAUACUACCGUGCCGACGCGCUGAACUUCCACCCCGCGCUGUCUAUGUUCGACGUAUCCAGGCCAUCUUCUGCUCGCCCGGGCACCAGCAGCUCCAGCGUUUUCACAUUCAACUUGAUGCCCACGCCGCUGAACAUCCCGCGGCCGCGCUCGCCGAUGCGACCCGCUUCUCCCCCGCGCGUGGCCUCUUCUGAAUCUGAACGGUCGGAAGCGAAACGGCCUGAAAUCGCACGUGCAGCCCUCCCCUGCCGCCCGGAGCGCGUCCGCUUCGCCCAGCGCCGUAUCGAAAGCGACCCUCUCGACCCGCGCGCUCACUGGGUCCCGAACCCUGAGGACCAAGCCGAGGUGAUCGGCUUGCCGCGCCACCGACUGCGUCACAGCUGGUCGCCGCAUUUAUACACGGAUCGCAAGGGUAUUCCGCGGUCGACGAGUGCUUGGACGGCGCCGUCGCUCGAUUCGAGGAACGAGCCGCUUUUUGGCAGACGGAAUGUGCAGGUUUAUUCUUUUUGUGUGGGAUUUAUUUUUCCUCUUGCCUGGAUCAUCGCCGCGUUCCUCCCUCUCCCGCCGAAACCAAAGCUUACCCCGGAGAUGCUGCAAGUCGACGAUGACGUCGAGAUGGCGCUUGAGUCACAGAUGCUUGGGCUGCAGCAUCGGCGGCAUGAGAAUGCUCGGUGGUGGCGGAAUCUGAACCGGUGGAUGGUUUCAUUCGGUGUGGUGAUUAUUGUGAUUAUUAUCACGUUGGCUGCCAUCGGGACGACAACUGGCUUCUAA